CAAGGCAAUCACGCAUGCACACAUACACUUGUAAAUUACGCAUCACCAUGCACCACACAUGUGGACAUAUAUUCUCCGAUGUAGCUAGCUACUAGCUCAGCUUGCUAACUCUGGGUCGCCUAUUCCACUUGGGUUCGUUCGGUUUGUAGCUAGCUAACAUAUGCCUAUGGCUGAGCAGGGUCAGGGCAAAUCAUGGAAGACCAACCACUACAUCCUCGCAGCUCUCGGUGGAACCCUCGCCGCCACCGCCGUCGUCAUCAUCAUCUCCCUCAUCCUCAGCCCCGCGCACAUCACCUUCUUCGUCGCCCACGCCUCGACCAAAAAUUUGGAAGACGGCACCAAGAACCUGACUUUGACCAUCGCCGCCUACAACCCCAGCCGUCGGUGCCAGGCGAGGUACCAGAGCGUCUUCAUCGACCUCAAGAACACCACGAACACAGCAGGGAAACUUUCGAUUCGCGCCAACGUCCCCGACAAGACCUUCCCGAUUGCCUACGUACGGGGCCCGAAUAGGACGCUCAUCCACGCGUCGGUUCUUCUGGUCGGAGAUUACAUGGCUUACGCCGGCCGGCUGAACGGCAGUGGGCUCACCGUGGUGUUGUCGGCGCUGGUGCGCUUCAAGAUCGGGGUGACCCCCACAAGGAUGUACGAAAUCAAAGUGUUCUGCUCUAGCGUCCUCUUCCCUGAUGAGGACUCCAACUCUAGAUCGCUCCAGAGCAACAUGAUCCCCUGUAUUGGUUAACAUCUGUACCUGUUGCAUGUCGUGUGCUGUCUAUGUGUUUCUUCGUGUGGACCUGCAAUUCUCCAUUUCCAAAUUAAUGUAGUGCCUAGUAGAUCGUUUUCAUACAUUGGUUGUUUUGGGUCACUUCCUAUGUACGUGUGUUAAAUGUAUUGUGGUGAUGAGUAUGCCACCUUAAGUUGAGAAAAAAAGAUUUUCGAAUUUGCUCUCAAGUGUGGUUUUGAAUUGUUUUUACUUUUUG